CUUCCUUCAGCUGCAUAUGUGAUUACUAGUCCUACAGUGGAGCGACUGAUAGGGCGGCACAGCGGCGGAAAAUAUUGGGGUUUAGUGCCGCUGCGAAAUGGCUGGACAGCAGUUUCAGUACGACGACAGUGGCAACACUUUUUUCUAUUUCCUCACGUCUUUUGUGGGACUAAUAGUUAUCCCAGCCACCUAUUACCUCUGGCCUCGGGAUCAGAAUGCGGAGCAAUUACGGUUGAAGUCUUUACGAAGAGUUCAUGGAAGAUGUCUGUGGUAUCGCCUUCGGCUUAUGAAAUCACAGCAGAGCAUCGUUCCAACAAUAAAAAAAGCAGCCCUGUUGUUUGGGUGGGCAGUAUUUCUUCUCCUGGCUUAUAAGGUGUCUAAAUUAGAUCGAGAGUACCAGGAAUAUAACCCCUAUGAGGUCCUCAACCUGGAAGCAGGGGCAUCUGUCGCUGAGAUUAAGAAGCAGUACAGAGUGCUGUCUCUAAAACACCAUCCUGAUAAAGGAGGAGAUGAGGCCACGUUCAUGAAGCUUGCUAAAGCUUACUCAGCAUUGACUAAUGAGGAAUCACGGAGGAACUGGGAGACUUACGGCAACCCUGAUGGCCCCAGAGUCACAAGUUUUGGAAUCGCUCUUCCUGCGUGGAUUGUCGACCAGAAAAAUUCUAUGCUGGUGCUGCUGGUCUAUGGAUUAGCUUUUAUGGUCAUACUUCCUGUGGUUGUGGGUACGUGGUGGUACCGGUCCAUACGCUACAGUGGUGAUCAGAUCCUGAUCAACACAACCCAGCUUUUCAUGCACUUUAUGUACAAAACACCUACGAUGAACAUGAAACGAUUGGGAAUGGUGUUGACAGCGGCGUUUGAGUUUGAUCCUCGUAGCAACAAAGAAGCUAUUAUAAGACCAACAGACAACAUAGAAGUUCCCCAGUUGAUUCGGGAGCUGGGAAACAUUAAUGUUAAGAAGAAGGAGCCUCCAUUUUGCUAUCCAUACAGUCUUAAGGCACGAGUCUUAUUACUUACACACCUUGCUAGGAUGGAGGUUUCUGAGAAUAUAGAGGAGGAUCAAAGGUUUGUAAUGAAGAAGUGUCCUGCCUUACUACAGGAAAUGAUCAAUGUUGGCUGUCAACUUACCAUGAUGGCAACCAGUAGAGGAGGCCUUCGGGCUCCCAGGCUGACAUCCAUAGAGAACUGCAUGAAGCUCUCUCAGAUGGUGGUUCAGGGUCUACAGGAGGCCAAGUCUCCUCUCUUGCAGUUGCCUCAUUUUGAAGAGGAGCAUCUCCGAUACUGCAUCUCUAAAAAGUAUAAGGUGCGGACGCUGCAGGAUCUGGUGAGCCUUAAGGACUCUGACAGAAGGAACAUGUUGAGGUUCCUCGGAGAGGAGAAAUAUGAUGAGGUCAUGGCUGUCCUAGGCAGCUUCCCUUACCUCCACAUGGAAAGCAAACUUCAAGUGCUGGAUGAUGAAGACAGCCAUAACAUCACGGCAGGCUCCAUCGUCACUGUUACAGUCACCUUGACGAGGAAGAGGAUGUCUGAGAUGUUCGAGAAGGAGGAGACCCCACAGUUGCCUGCAGAAGAAGCUAAUACAGAGGAGCAAGGUGAUGCCAAAAACAAAGUAAAAGUUUGGCAAAACAAGAAUAAAGGAGCUAAAAAAUCAGCCAAGUCCAAAAAGAAAAAACUGACAAAGAAGAAACCAGUCACACAACCGCAAGUAAAGGCAGACAAGACCAAACAGGCCAAUGGCAAUGUGGCAGGAAAUGAAGUUGUUGCUGCUUCAAAAGAGGAAGAGGAGGAACUCUCUGAUAAAGGCAGCGAAUCGGACGAGCCUGAGGGAAACAAGGACUCGCCCAGUGAAAGAGACGAGGAGAGUGACAAGCAGAGUGACACUGAGGGGGAUGAGAUAGCGGGAGAUGAUGAGGAGGAAUGGGAGGCCCUGCAACAGAGCAUCCAACGCCGAGAGAGGGCGUUACUGGAGACCAAGUCAAAAAUCACACAUCCUGUCUACAGCUUGUACUUCCCGGAAGAGAAGCAGGAGUGGUGGUGGCUCUAUAUUGCUGAUAGGAAGGAGCAGACGCUAGUGUCUAUGCCCAACCAUGUGUGCACGCUCAGAGAUACAGAGGAGGUUGAACUGAAAUUCCCCGCUCCGUCCAAAACUGGAAACUAUCAAUAUUCUGUGAUCCUCAGAUCAGAUUCUUACAUGGGAUUAGAUCAGAUCAAGCCGCUUAAGCUGGAGGUUCAUGAAGCCAAGGCUAUAAUGGAUAACCACCCACAGUGGGAUAUCCCAGAAACUGAGGAAGAGGAGGAUGACCAAGAGGACAGUGAUGGUAUUGAAGAGUCUGAGGAAGAUGACGAAGACAACGACUAAAUCAGUCAAUUCAUAUAAACUUGAGCACAGCUCAGACACCCAUGUGCCCACUUAUACACACAUACACACACACACACACACACACACACACACACACACACACACACACACACACACACACACACACACAUACAUGUAUAGCCCCAGACCUUUGACGUCUUUUGUGUCUUCUUCUGGGUCUCCACACGCAGGAGGUUGCUGAUGCCCCAUGUUCCUGUUUAAAACACACGAAUCACAGAUCUGUCUGAACCUCUUCAUUGAAUCAUAAGACUUGAGAAACUAUUGCUUAUUUUUCCCCACAUUCAUCCGGUCAUUAUCAGUGGGUUGUCAGAAUGGUUGUUUGUGGGGUCCAGCCGUGUCUCAGAUUUCUCACCAUUUCACAAAAGGUGUUUGACCAACCAACACGUCAAAAAAUAAAAACCAGGUUAGAGCUGAAAAAUCGCACACCUCACGACUGUCAUUUUUCAGUGUCUGAUGAUACUUCAAGGGUAUUUUCUACCUUAUUUUGUAGUUUUGUGUAGAUUAGAGUUCAGAUUUACCAGGUGUUUCCACUUUUUAUGAGGCUGCUGUGUGAAGUAUAAUCUGGAGUGAACCACAUAUGGCGCUUUUCCAUUGGAUAGUUUGGUUCGUUCAGCUCACUUUUGGAGGUUUUAAGUUAACUUCCACUUGUACCUAUUUAUUUUUUUAUGGUUCCAAGUGAGACCGCACAAUCACUGACUGGUCAAAGAAAAUCGUCACUACCAGUGUCAUAGUAGUUUAUCUUUGUGCACCGCCAAGCAAACCAAGUAAUGUCAUCAUCUGUGCUUUGUUGGACAAAUUCCCAAACUCCCUUUUAGCGGUGAAAAACAUCUGUAUGCUGAGAAUCAAAAACACCAUUCCAUUGAUGAUUGAACACCAUUCCAACUCCUGUGUUGUGCAUUUGUUUGUAUCGCUUUUAUCCCAUAAUCCCAUCCAUUCUAAACUGCAAUGGAAAAGCAAACCGAGCCAAAGUAAAGCUAGCCUAUCCCAGCGGUACCGAGCCACGUCGUACCACACAAUGGAAAAGCGUCAAUAGACACGUGCGUACGUACCGAGCUUUAGCGAAAAUGGGGUAUGGGGCUGCUGUGGCUUGCUUUUCAGUUUGUCGCUGUUCAUGAAUUCUGGAAGUAUUUACAUUUAUGCAUUCGGUAGACUUUUAUAAGCAUACGUGUUCCUUGUGUUUCAAACCCACAACUUUGGCGCUGCUAAUGUAAUGCUCAUACAGUUGAGCUACAGGAACACUAUUGAAGUGCUACCGUGUUGCGAAUCACCAUCCACCUUCUUGUCACAAAUGCAGGUUUUGAGCUUUGCUAAAUAAUGACUGCAGACAUUUCACAUCUUCAGCUUAGUCUGAUUUAACUCCUUAAGCUAGAAGUGCUAUCCUGCUGUUCCACGCAUAACCGGAUAAAUAUCAUGCUGCUUUCACAGCACAAUAUAACCACAUGGCCUGAGUUCCUUUUGAUUCUGUUCAGUCACCCCCCCAUGCCAUUUAUUUAUCCAGUUGUUUUUUUUUUUAUUGGAAAUCCCCACUGCAACAGUUACAAAGACACAUUGUUUGUAGCAUGAAUGUACAGUAGUACAUGCCUUUUUAGCAAUUACACGAAUUUGUUCCUCUGGCCGUAGAUCGAAAAGGUGAAAAUUUUACCCCAAAAAAUUAUAAUGGCUAUGGGACAAAUGCAUCUAUAUUGUUUCAUGGUUUCCCUGGAAUUGUAUGACACAUAGUUUAGUUGUUUAUUUUUUUUAUUUUUUUUUAAUAUAGGCUAUAUAUUAGUCUGACAUUCCACUUUCAAUGCAAACUAAAAGUUUUUUCACUGUCCCAUGUUUAAGUGGCCACAAUAAAGCGCCAUCAUCUUUUGAAUUUGGUUUGUAAAACAAUUACAUCAAUAUGAGUUAAGGGAAUAAUUAGGGUUCGGAUUUAUCUUAAAAGUCUCACUUUAUUUUUGUGGGGUGAAAGGUGGCAGUAUGGGUGAAAAAUGUAAAAAAAAUCACCCAAUUUGUUAUGUUCCUUUGCACAGAUAAAAGGUCUGUUUAAGGCGAUGAAGUAGUGACUGUGAAAAGUCUUAGUCUGUACUAUUCUUUCUUCAAGCAGAUGGGUUAACCAGUGAACAUAUUUGAAAUGUAUGUUGUUGAUUUUUACAUAUGCUGUUAAUCACAGGAAAUUGAAUUUACUUGUUUUUUUGUCAGUAGUUAAUUCAUGUAUUUUAUAGGUCUAUUUGGGAAACUUUAAAGUUUUAAUAGAAAUUUAAUAUUAUUUUACCUUUCCCCCUCUUUCAUUAUUAUAAACCUAAUGCAUUUCUUGGUAAUAGAGGAAAAGUGUCAUAUUCUGGCUGCAUGUAACACACUCAUUCACAACCAGUUUUAUAAAAUGGUAAAGGUUUUACAGAUAAAUAGACAUUUUAGUAUUAUAGCUCCAUAAUAAAGAAUGUAGCCUCAGAAUUAAUGCUGUGACUCCAGUGCACAGAAAAAGAGAAAUCAAGUCUUCACGUACAGAAAACCUCACUGGCCAGAAAAAAGGGUGAAUUGCCGAGUAAACAGUAUCUGCCACUUUUGUUUACAAGAAAACUGUCAUUGUAAAUGGAAAAUAUAUAUUAUUUGUAUUUAAAUUUUUCGAAUAAAAUAACUUUUCAAAAGA